AUGGCUUGGAGUGGAAAACUGACAAUUUGCGCUGAACAGUGCACAUUGAUCAACUUCAAGACAAUUAUGAAUAUGAAGAGAAAUUUUGCAAGUGAUAACUUAAGAUCUUUAUCCCUUCGAAUGAAAUCCAUUAAGUCCAUUCAAAAAAUUACGAAAGCCAUGAAGAUGGUUGCUGCAUCUAAAUUUAAAGGGGAUCAAAGGAGGCUAGAAAAUUGUAAGCAUUUCUCCUCUCCCCUAGUUGAUAUAUUUAACAGAUUAAACAUGAAAGAAAUACAUAAGAAAAACGAAGAUCUUGGUAUUAUUGCUAUAUCAUCAGACAAAGGAUUGUGUGGUAGCGUUAAUUCAUCUGUUUCAAGGAUUUGCAAAAAGUUAUUAGAAAAUGAACAGGUAGAUAAUGAAAUUGUAAAUAAUAUUUCCCCCAAUAAAAUAUAUCUGUAUGGAAUAGGAGAAAAAAUAAGAUCAGCUUUAAGUAGAUUACACAGAGAUAAAUUUGAAGUUAUUUAUAAUGAAUAUAAUAAAAUCCCCAUAAAUUUCCUGACCUGUUCCUAUAUUGCUGAACGCAUACUAAAAAAAAAUCACAGCAAUUUGUUAAUUGUAUAUAAUAAUUUCAAAUCAGCUAUAUCUUUUAAUACAAAGAUAUUAAGUGUUUUUUCGCAUAAACAUUUAAAAAAAAUGAACAAGAAAGAACUCGCCACAUUCGAGUUUGAACCUGAACUUGAUCAUAUUUUUGACGACAUAUACCAGUUUUAUUUUACUUCCCUUAUUUAUAACUGUAUCAUAGAAAAUUUAGCAGCUGAACAGUCGGCCAGAAUGACAGCUAUGGACAAUGCCUCCUCAAGUGCUACUGAAAUGCUGGAUUCGCUUUCCUUGAGGUAUAACAGGGCAAGACAGUCAAAAAUUACAUUGGAACUUAUAGAAAUUAUAUCCGGUGCUAACGCCUUAUAG